CACGAGUUUUCGGGUUUGAACCUCUUUUUUUUUUUCUUCACUCACCCCAUUUAUUACUCCAGAACUCUUCAGGCGCAGGAUUCUACCUCUUUGCGUCCUUCCAUUUCCCUCUUUCUCACUCCCAACCAAAAUCACAACGAACCAAACCGUUGCAAUGGCUCCCCAGGCACAGCAGAAGAAGUCGGGCAAGGCCCAGAAGCAGACCAAGAAGUUCGUCAUCAACGCUCAGCAGCCCGCUAGCGACAAGAUCUUCGACGUCUCCGCCUUCGAGAAGUUCCUCCAGGACCGCAUCAAGGUCGAGGGCCGCACCAACAACCUGGGCGACAACGUCGUGAUCCAGCAGGCCGGCGAGGGCAAGAUCGAGAUCAUUGCCCACAACGAGCUGUCUGGCCGCUACCUCAAGUACUUGACGAAGAAGUUCCUCAAGAAGCAGCAGCUUCGUGACUGGCUCCGCGUCGUGUCCACCUCGCGCGGCGUCUACGAGCUCAAGUUCUUCAACGUCGUCAACGACGAGGCCGACGAGGACGACGAGUAAAUUGGCGCCACCGUGUUUUCACGAUGACGAUCCAACAUACACUCGACUAAAACGUCCACUGCCAUGGACGUGGUUCGAAACAACGGGAGUGAAAUGUUCAGAGGCGAAUGGGACUGGAAUAUGGGCGGAUCAAAUGUUCGCUACCAGACUCAUGGCCGGAAUACAACCCGUGUUUUGAGUGAGAAA